CUUCCCGAGCGAUCCUUUAUUCUACAAAGGCUACUACUACUACCGAUAUCACCGUUCACACGACUAAUUACUUGUGACGAACCCGUACACACUCAGAGUAGUCUAUCCUACCAUCAUGAGAUUGAUUGCGUCCUUCCUCGUCGCAGCGGCCUUAUCUUUACGUAUCCGGCACGGAUCAAGCUUUUCGACCGUGAGGUUGUCGAGUCGUGGACGCACAACGGCAGUCGGAACAGUCCCUUCCUCCCCAUCGCUCGUACCGAUCGUUCCGGUGCGCGGUCGCCGUGUUCCCGCUAGCCUUACUUUCUCACGGAACACACCAAUGUCCGUGCCGCUGGCAACGACUCGGACCGAUCACGAAACCCCCAAGUCUCCCAACGCUCUGGACAACAUCAAAGCCAGUAUCUCGCAAACCGCCGCAAUGAAAGCCUUCCAACCCUACAUUCGCAUCGAAUCGGAAGCGGACAAGAAAAACGUCCAGCUCUUCACCUUCUUUCGCGUCGCCAUUCCGGCCGUCGUCAUCGGCACUCUGGCCACGCUACUCUUUCCCGGACUCGCCCUGACACUCGCGACACUUUUGAACGACGCCGGGGUCUUUGCCGUGCUGAGUCAGGACAGUUCCCAGUUUGUGCAAAACUUUCUCACCGUUGCUGGACUCUUGUUCAGUAUCCUUGUCGGACAGACCUACUACUUCAUGUACCAGCAGCAGGAAUCCGUCUACUACGCCCUCUUCAACGAAGUUACCGAAGCCAAAUCGUUGCUGGAACAAGUCGCGCUGGUGUGCCAAGGUCGUUCCAUGUACCGACGUUGUUUGGAAAGCAUCUCACGCUACGUUCAGGAAGAUUUGAAACGCCUGCAGGCCGACCCGGCCGUACUCUUGUCGGCCCGUCCCGUCGACGAUCCUCUCGAAUCCAUCAUGUACAUGACCAGCGUCGGCGUACCCAGUACGGUGUACGAGACGGUCCGUAGUUUGCGGCAAGCCCGUGCCGCAAGGCUGGGCGCCUUGCAGCGGAAAUUACCCGCCGCACACAUGUGGCUACUCUGGAUUCUCGCCGCAAUUGAACUCUCCAGUUUCCCUCUACUCGGAGCCGGUACCCAAGCCAUUGGGGGUUACAAAAUAUUGACCGUGGAGGGGAUCUUGUUUGGCGUCAUGACGGCGGGCAUUGUCUUGACCUUGCGCGUAGUGGGGGAAUUGUGGAGACCUGCUGGUGGGGCCUACAACGUUGAUGCCGUCUUGUCCGUCAUGGUUCGUGGGCUUGAAGAGGAAUUGGCUGGACGGAUGAAAGGCCAACGGGGAUACAUUACCCCCGGAUGGUCGCCGUCACCGGUUCGCGGAGAAAUGGUCGACAUGCCCACCAGCUCCAGCGAACGUGAUGUGCUGCGGAAACCCUUCAGUUCGAACGGCAAUUCGACCAGUAUGGAUAACACCGUGCUACGAGAACAAGGACCCAAUCUAGUGGUGGCCGGCCAGCGCACUUGGCACUUUAUCCGAACACUCCAGUCGGCAUGGCGUCGCAAAGACUAGAUCUGGAGGAACACAACUGAAUUUAAACUUUCUCCUUUUCCUUUAUAAACACUAAGAUUUGCUUUGCUACUGGC